GGGUUUUGUCCCGGGUUCAGACAUGGUCAUUGGAGGGUUUGAAGACAAGCACGACAAGCAUUUCUUACUUUCCCUGCCAAGUUCCAUUUUUCCAAAGUCUGGUGAUCAAGACCUCCCACCUCAGCGGGUCUCGCAGGAUCCUUUUCGAGAUUUCUAGCAGUAGUAGGCUCCAGAAGGCUCGGAGGACCGAAUGCCCCUCCACUCCCUCGGGGUUAAUGGCACCCUUCUCGCCUCGGCAGUUAUACCUUCAUGGAUUAUGGCUCCAUGAAGGCGGUAGAGAACCGAGAGACGUUAGUAACUUGUGCCCCUUUUAUUUCUUUACUUUUCACCUCAUAAUUGUCCCCUUCCGUCGGACAGAAUUGACUCAGAAUCGAAAAGAGAAAAAAAAGUCAUGAUGCAGGGCGAGGCACUUCGUUUUGCCCAGAUCUUCUUGAUCGUGUGCCCUUCGUUCAUUCUCUUCGGUUACAAUCAAUCCGGUGUCGGAGGCUUGACAGACUUCCCUUCGUGGGUAAGGCAGUUCCCUGGGAUUGACACAGUCAAUACCACUGGCGCUCAGAAAUCCCACAACGCUACAGUGCAAGGCGCCGUUGUUGCUUCUUACACCCUUGGUGCUCUCUUUGGGUCCCUGAUUUGUACGUGGAUUGGCGACAUCCUCGGUCGGCGUCGGACUAUCUUUGCUGGGGCGUGUAUUGCUCUGAUAGGCCAGGCAUUAGAAUGCUCGGCUUAUGCUCUCGCACAGUUCACAGUCGGCCGGGUAAUUCUCGGUUGGGGUGUGGGUAUGCUGAGCGCUACAGUGCCGGUCUGGCAGUCGGAGUGCUCACCGGCGGAUAAGAGAGGGAGAAAUGUUGUGUUGACAGGCAUGUUUAUCGCCUUUGGGUUUGCCAUGACACAGUGGAUCAACUUUGGUUUCUAUCAUAUGCAGGAAAGGUCCGCGUCAUGGCGAGGGUCUCUGGCAAUCCCAGCGCUGUUCUCUUUGACUAUCAUGGGUAGCAUAUUCUUCCUACCAGAAUCUCCUCGCUGGCUUGUUCUCAAGAAUAGAUCAGAUGCUGCACAGCAGACCCUUGCCAAUUUGAGACAGAAGGAUGUGGUAUCACCCGAGAUUAUGCACGAAUUGCGUGGAAUUGAAGUCUCCCUGGAGGAAUCAUCAAGUGGGAACAUGGGACUGAAAGGCAUCUUCACAAUGGGGGAGGAGAAGCUCUUUUACAGAUUCCUUCUCUGUAUUCUCCUACAGUUCUUUCAGCAGAUGACCGGUGGUACUCUCAUUUCAGUCUACAUCCCCAUCAUAUUCGAGGAUAAUUUACACCUAGGCGCCAGUUUGUCGAAGGUUCUUGCCGCAUGUGCUCUGACAUGGAAAUUCCUCUGUUGCUUUGUCGGCUUCUAUGUCGUGGACCGAAUCGGACGCCGGGCUGCGUUUAUGAUCAGUGGUGGUGGCAUGUCCAUGUGCAUGCUGGCGCUGACAGUGUCCAACUCAUUCUCAAACAACCAUACUGCGUCUAUUGUCUCGGCACUGUUUAUUUUCGUGUACAACUUCUUCCUUCCGGUGGGAUUCUUGGGGGCGAACUUUGUUUACCCAGCGGAGGUUGCCCCGGUUCGUCUGCGAGUCGCCAUGCAUUCCUUUUCGAUAGCGAAUCAGUGGCUAUGGAUGUUUGUCGUUGCAAUGAUUACUCCUACCGCAAUCGCCGACAUUGGCUACCGCUACUACAUCGUAUUCACUGUCAUUGGCGGCCUUAUCCCGCCUGUAGUUUAUCUCUUCUACCCGGAGACAAUGAAUCGAUCCCUUGAAGAAGUCAAUCAGAUCUUCCACGACGCCCCAUCUAUUAUGUCCGCCGUCAAGAUGUCCAGAACCCUCCCUAUUGGUGAUAGCAUUAUGGAAGAGCUUGAGGGAAAGAAAAUGGCUGAAGAGAUUGAAUGAGACACGCCAAGUGUUCUUGCUGAUGUGUACCAGAGCACUACGAAAGAGCUCGGGCAUUUAGGAUAGAAGAGGUGGCAGAGGCUGCUGAAG